CACUUCUAGUCCUAAAGGAAGGUUCUUUUCAGUCCGGGGUCGAGGUUAAAAUAAACAUCGACGCGAUUACCAAUGAAUAAAACACCAGUACAUUACAAAUGCACAGUGGAAUUAAUAAUCCUGUCGAUUAACCCAAACUCAGACUUGGAAAGGUCAGUGCGGUGCUGCCAAAAGUGGCAUACAGAGUCGCAGUCUGUCGGUGGCUAAGCAGUGUGGUCAGCCGGCAACCAAACAGCCACCAGCAUAAUAUACCGUUUGGCAUGUCUUCCGCAACGCCCACCUUUGCAUCUUCUGCCUCCUGUUCCAGUCUGAUCUGAUCUUUCACUCUCAACGCUAUCUCCCCACAAGACCCCAAGAUGCCCGCUAUCAGCGCGCCCUCUAAUUCCGACGUUGAGUCGAGCGAAAAGCAAUCAUCGGCUGCUGACAGUACUGGGAAUGACGAUGCUGGGCCGACCGAGACUCUGCCCGAUGCCGGAACGGACACCGCACAUGCAUCCAACCCGAGCGUGAAGCCGUCCGAAGACCACGACACAGUGAGGACGAUUCGUGGCUUCAAGUGGUUUCUCGUAUACUCCUCGCUCCUUUCCACCGUUUUAUUCUAUGCCCUUGAGGCCACCGUCGUCGCCAAUAUUCAGCCGUCUAUCAUUGAGACAUUUGGCGAGGAGGAGAAGCUGCCAUGGAUUGGAAUAGGUGUUUUUCUCGGAUCGUUAGCGAUCUUGCCAGUCGGGAGGGCAUACGCCGUAUUCAAUCUGAAAUGGCUGUUUAUUUCGGCCUGUAUCCUCUUCCAGGCCGGCAGCGCACUCGGUGGAGCAGCGCCCAACAUGGAUGCCUUCAUUAUCGGGCGAGUUCUGCAGGGCGUCGGUGCGGCCGGAUGCUAUUCGGGUGCCAUAACUUUUAUUUCUACCCUCACAUCCCAACAUGAACGUCCCCUUUAUCUCUCCGGUAUUGUUGCUAUAUGGUCCGUUGGCAGUGUUGUCGGGCCAGUCAUUGGUGGUGCAUUUGCCCAGAGUAAUGCCACAUGGCGAUGGGGCUUUUAUAUCAACCUAUGUGUUGGCGCUCUUACUGCACCGGGCUUGAUUUUCUUUUUGCCCAACAUCGACCCCGCCCCCAAGUUAAGUCACAAGGAGAAACUUCUCACGCAGGAUUGGGUAGCCAUCGUCAUAUUUCUGGCCGGCUCCGCGUGUUUCUCCAUGGCACUUACCUUUGGGGGUAUCGUGUACCCCUUCAAUAGCGGGUCCGAGAUUGCUCUCUGGACCUUAUCGGGGGUCCUACUCAUCGCCUUCAUAUCCGUCUCCAUUUUCCACCCUUUAGUAGCAACGCAGAACAGGCUAUAUCCUAUUCAUUUGGUGAAGCGCACAGAGCUCGACAUCUUACAAUUUGCGAUAUUGGUAAACGCCGGGGCCAUGGUAACGACUCUUUACUACGUCCCAUUAAUCUUCCAAUUCACCAGGGGCGACGGUCCUUUGAUUGCCGGAGUCCGACUUUUACCAUUUCUGGGCGGCAUGAUUUCCUUCUCAGUCCUGAAUGGCGCUUUGAUGCCCAGAUUGGGCUACUACAUGCCAUGGUAUGUUCUCGGUACCGCUUUGAUUCUGAUCGGUUCUUCACUUAUGUCUACUCUAAGUCCUUCGACCUCCGAAGCUCGUCUCUACGGAUACACUGUACUUAUCGGGGGCGGAUGUGGGUCAUUUUUCACUGCAGGGUUUUCCGUCGUUCAGGCUCUUGUCCCAGUCGCUGAACUCAGCAAUGCCAUCAGCUUUAUGGCUCUCGGACAAACAAUGGGUCAGAUCGUAAUCCUCAGCCUGGGAGGGACUCUGUUUCAGAACAUUGGCUCCAGAGGAAUCAAGCAAAUUAUUCCCGGCAUUUCAACCCAGGACGCUAUACAUUUGACCACGGGGAUCCACAGCUCACAAUUCCAAUCACUUGGCCCAGAGCUUCAAGCUCAAGUGAUAGCGCAAGUCACAUUAUCAAUCCGCAACGUCUUCAUAGUCAUGGUCUCUACUUCAGCCCUUGCAUUGAUCAUGUCUCUAUCUUUGAGUCGCCGCAAGAUCUAUGGAACACAGACGAAGUAGCGCUGCAUUUUGACCUAGCCAGCGCCCUGCCACUAAUACAGCUCAUCUCCCAGCCUCUGACUGGGCAGUUUCAGUGGCACAUAUGUCUCGAGUACCUCGUGCAAGCAACAUGAAUAGACUAGCGUUGGACAAUUAAAUGUUAUAUAGAUGUAAGUUAUCAGGACGGAUUUGAGAGAGAUGGAGGUUUCAAGACUCUCGGCUUAAAGAUUAUAGAGCAUGGACAAAGACUGUCAGUAUGGACAUGAUAGAGUAUGGAGAUGUACAGUAUUUCCACCCAUCAAAGGCCUCAGGUGUGGGUGACUGUAAAUUGCACAUAAUAUACGCUUUAUUAUAA